CGGCGUUCGGCAGCAUCACCAUUAAACAUCCGGGGAGGGUGGGGGGGGGAGGAAAAACGAGCGAAAAUAAAUCAGAAAAGCGGGUGAAAGCGGCUAUUUCCACAGCUGUCGCCACGCGCGGUGCGAGGCCGCUGUGGCGGUCCCGGCCCCGCUGCCCACCUUUCACCGCGUGGAACGGCGAGGUUGGACCCCCCCCCACCUCGCCGCCCGGCAAGCACCUCCGCGACGGGGACCUCCUCCACCUCCACCUCCACCUCCUCCUCUUCUUCUUCCUCUUCCUCCUCUACCGCCUCCCCGGCCGAGCCCUCCCGGCGCGGCCGCCGCCGCCGCCGCUGCUCUCCCCCCGGCCCGGCCCUCCCUGAGGGGAGCCGGGGCGAUGACGUCACCGGAUCAGGCCGACCGGCAAUGGGCGCCAUUUUGAAACCCCGAAACCUCCCGCGGCGGCAGCUCGGUGCGGCGGCUGCGACCCGCUCCCGGCCGGCGCCUCCCCCGCCCCACCGCUACCGUGCGACAUGGCAGGGGUGGCAGGAGGAGGAGGAGGAGGAGGAGGCGGCGGCAACGACUUCCAGUGGUGCUUCUCCCAGGUGAAGGGGGCUAUCGACGAGGACGUGGCGGAAGCUGAUAUUAUUUCAACAGUUGAAUUUAAUUACUCUGGUGAUCUUCUUGCAACAGGAGACAAAGGUGGCAGAGUGGUUAUAUUUCAGAGGGAACAAGAGAAUAAAAGCCGUCCUCAUUCUAGGGGAGAAUAUAAUGUUUACAGUACCUUUCAGAGUCAUGAACCUGAGUUUGACUACUUGAAAAGUCUAGAAAUUGAGGAAAAAAUUAAUAAAAUUAGGUGGUUACCACAACAGAAUGCUGCUCAUUUCCUGCUGUCUACAAAUGAUAAAACUAUUAAAUUAUGGAAAAUAAGUGAAAGGGAUAAAAGAGCCGAAGGUUAUAAUUUAAAAGAUGAAGAUGGAAGACUUAGGGAUCCUUUCAGAAUCACAGCACUACGGGUGCCAAUAUUGAAACCCAUGGACCUAAUGGUAGAAGCAAGUCCCAGAAGGAUAUUUGCAAAUGCACAUACUUAUCACAUAAACUCUAUUUCAGUAAAUAGUGAUCAUGAAACAUACCUUUCUGCAGAUGACCUAAGAAUUAACCUAUGGCAUUUAGAAAUCACAGAUAGAAGUUUUAAUAUUGUAGAUAUUAAGCCUGCUAACAUGGAGGAGCUGACAGAAGUGAUUACUGCUGCAGAGUUCCACCCUCACCACUGUAACGUGUUUGUCUACAGCAGUAGCAAAGGAACUAUUCGACUCUGUGACAUGCGUUCUUCAGCCCUCUGUGACAGGCAUUCAAAAUUUUUUGAAGAACCCGAGGAUCCUAGCAGCCGAUCAUUUUUUUCAGAAAUAAUAUCAUCGAUAUCUGAUGUAAAAUUCAGUCACAGUGGUCGAUACAUGAUGACAAGAGACUACCUGUCUGUUAAAGUCUGGGAUCUCAAUAUGGAAAACAGGCCUGUAGAGACCUAUCAAGUUCAUGAGUAUCUCCGAAGCAAGCUUUGUUCCCUUUAUGAAAAUGACUGCAUCUUCGACAAAUUUGAAUGCUGCUGGAACGGUUCUGAUAGCGCUAUCAUGACGGGAUCCUACAACAAUUUCUUUAGAAUGUUCGACCGAAACACGCGGCGGGAUCUCACUCUAGAGGCGUCCCGCGAGAGCAGCAAACCUCGUGCCAUCCUAAAGCCGCGUAAAGUCUGCACGGGCGGGAAGAGAAAGAAGGACGAGAUAAGCGUUGACAGCCUGGACUUCAACAAGAAGAUUCUUCACACGGCGUGGCAUCCCAUGGAGAACAUCAUCGCUGUAGCUGCCACCAAUAACUUGUAUAUAUUCCAGGACAAAAUUAACUAAAGAUGACUGGCUUGAGGACAGAGUCAUCGUCUUGCAUAGUUAAGCUCAGUUGUUUAUCUGUAAAAGAGAAGGCCUUGUUGUCCUGCAGUGAAGAACAUUGAUGCACUUGCUUCCCUUGAGACAAAGGAGGGGGUCUGGCCUGGGUUUGAGCUCCUGGUGUGGUUCUGCCUUCGGAGAGGGUGGGGAGCGUCGGUCGCGGUGUUCUGGGAGAAACCCUCCCGAGGCAGAAUUGAUGGACAGCGCUCAAUGAGGCCAAUACUCGAAACAAAUGUAUUUAUUUAAGUCUGAGCCUUCCUUUCCAGUUUAUAGACCAAAAAUUUAACACCCGAGGAAAAAAAAAAUUGUCAUAAAAAUGUAAUUUCUAUCUCUCGCGCUCUUUCUCUGCUGUAAUAUUUGGGCCUUCCAAAACAUAUAUUGUGCUUAAUGCCUGUACACAUUCCUCCUCUGGCCUGUAUCUAGGCUUAGGUGUUUUUACCUUUGAGCACUUAGGUAGGUCUUGAGUCGGGUUCGUAGACAGGUGUCCAUGGAUAUUUACUCACAACUGUAUCUAUAACCGCACCUUCUGGUGUAAACCACUUAAUAAAAUAACAAACUAUAAAAACCGUUUUUAAAUCUGAAGGUAUGUAGUCAGUCUUUUUAUUUUUUUAUUGCAUGUACUGAGAUUGUGCAAAGUAAUUCUGGUGGGCAGAUGUGACAGUGUCUGCCCCAGAACACUGAUUUUUUGGCAGACUAAUACGAACUCUUUUGGGUAGUAUUGCAAAUUCUACAUUUAGAGUUUUCGAUAAAUUGUCGUUUGGUUUAAGUUGCGCUGGUUUUCUCGUAAAACGCGCUCUGUGUACCAGGUAGGAGAUUGGAAAGGUCGGUGUAAAGACAUCCACAGCCUUAACAGAAAGUGACCGCCUUGCACAGAAGGGAAAACAAAACAUUUAACAAUUUUUUUUUCUCUGAAGAUAAAAAUUCCGUUUAUCUGAUGCCUCUCAAUGUUACAUAGAGACAUACCUUAUGUGCAUUAUGGUUUUUUUUUAACCUUUUUAGUGUUUGUCAUGAAGAUAUAGUUUAUUUUAAAUAUUUGGCAUAAUAUAUUGUAUUUCACACUGCAGUUCAAGCCAGUAUAAAAAAAAAAAAAAAAAAAAAAAAAAAACCAACCAAAAUGCUCUUGAUUAUGCCAAGCGCCAACGCAGCUUAAUGCCUUCCAGCACGUUCUGACUGGAACGGAGCUGUCGGAAAACACCGGGGCCACAAGCUGGUGUUAACUGCAGUUGUUGGAACUCUGUUCUUGCUAACUUUUUUUAAGCCUUAGGUACUUUUUUGGGGUUUUUUUCUUUUUUUUUUUUUUUUUUUCCUUCCUUCCGAAGAGGCCUAAAAUACAUCAACCUUCUCUUCGCCCUCCACUAGCCUGGGUGAGAGACUGUUCCUGAAGCUGUUGCAGCGCGUUUGGCAGCACCGAGUAGGUAGGCAUUACACCCUCUGAAACGUGCCUGCAAACCAGAAAUUGUGUCUGAAAAAGGAGGGUCCCCUGAGCUGCCCCGAGGAAAGACAGCAGUGUGGUUUACACUCCGUUUUUCUUAAAAUGAAGGUGUGUUACGAUUACUGAACCAGAUCUGCAUAUGCAGGAGCAAAACGUCUCCGCUCUCACCCUCCUGAUUAAUGUCCACAGAGUGCCACUCGUGUUCCCAGCAAGCCAGUAACGACAGCUAACGUGGAGGUUCUACCGAUAAAGUUUAAAUUAAAUAAAUCCUAUACUGUAUAUUGGUUGUGACACUAUUUGAAAAAUCUUGAAAUGUGGAACUUCUGGGUCACUAAAGCGUUAGAUUUGACCUUGUUCCUAAAAUACAUAAUAGAGCUAAUACAAUGGGAUUGUACAUACUUGUUCAGUUAUUUUGACCAAAAAGUUUAAUAAAUUUUAAAUGUUUACCUGGA